GUCAUCAAAGCAUUGCACAGAUAUACAGAUUAGGAGAUAAGCGGUGCAAAAACAGGUGAUGAGCUAACUUCCGAUGUGCACUACGUCAAACUAUGUAACUACUCAGCAACAGUAACAAGUGCAACUGGCCACGUCACAAAGCCAAUCGAAAUAAUAUUUUUGAUUGGGUUCGUCCUCAUCUGGCAGUGAAGUAUGGACCGUAGCAUCCCGCUCCAAAAAACCACCUGGGUCCCAUCGGACGAGUCUAUCGACAGUAUACAGACGAAGAUAGCACCGCAUCAUACUGAAGUAGGCCUUGGCCUUCGGCGAAUUCACUGUGCGAUACACGGGCCUAAGGACGAAAUUGUGCAGAAGCUCAUCCCGGAACUCGUAUGUUGCACUUGCUUGCCCAUAGAUCGUUGACCUUUCCCGAAUUCGACAACCUGGAGGCCUGCGAAGAAACCGUUCGUGAAGGCUCGAGCCAACCCCGUAGUCGAGUCCAGCAGACUAUUUGGAAAUUUUUGAAAGGCAUUACCAAGAAAAUCUCUAAACUUUUCAAGCGUUCCCGCAACCGCGUUCCUGCGGUCCAGAAUGUUGACCUUCAAGGUUCUUCAUCCAAUCAGAAUGUCGAGGCCACACCACACCCGCAUCCUUCCACCGACGACAAGCAUCCUGCCUCAUCCGAAAUUCCGAGUAUCUGCAUCAACCAAGGGUCAUCCGGAGAACCUGCUUCAGAGGUUCCCGCCGCCCCUCCUGGCGCAGAGAAUAUCUCUCGUCCCAAAUCAACUGAUGCUGAACUUCAGGGUGCCCACGAGGCUUUAGAACACAUGAGAACACUCCGGGGACCUGUGCAGUCUGUGACAUCCGCCGCCAGCAAUGCCUCAGCAGAUCUCACUACUGCAGGAGAUUUCAGCACCACAUACCUCCAACCCCUGAAAAUUUUCGACACUGCCAUUGAGAAGAUCGCAAAUGUGCAUCCAUAUGCAAAGAUGUCGUUGGGCGUACUUUCUGCCGCAGCCAAAAUUAUUCUUGCCCAAGCGGAGCGCGACAAAUCAGUACAUCGCCUUUGCCAGAAAUUGGAUCAAGUUUAUGGCUUCAUUAUCCAAGACGAUAAUCUUUUUAAGGUUGACUCGAUGCGCGAUGUCAUCGGAAAGAUCGCUCAGCAGACUCUCGAGUGUGCCCGUUUCAUCAGGGAAUACUCAGAGACGAAGAGUUUCUGGAAGAGAGUCGGUAAAAACAUCAUCGCAGAAACGGAUGAUAUCAUCACACGGUACAACGGUGCCUUGGAUGGCCUUAUGGAACAAUUCAGAAAUCAAGCUGAUCGGGACGUAGCCAUCUUUGUUCAGUUUGCAGG